AUGACAACGGGAGAUGAAGCCCCAUCUUUCGUAUCCGAACAGCCUCCGACAGUGUUAUUACAAACCAUGUUCUGGAUAUUAUUACUGUGUAGCCUCUGUAGCCUCGUCAACGCGGAUGUAGAUAGACGAAGAUAUUCUAAUCCCACAUAUUAUAAUGUGGGCGGAGUUCUCUCCAGUAAUGAGUCUAUAGCUUUCUUUAAGGAUACUAUAUCAAACUUAAACUUCAAAGACAAAUAUGUUCCCCGAGGAGUUACUUAUCAUGACUAUUCUAUACUUAUGGAUCCUAACCCAAUUAAAACAGCCCUAAAUGUUUGUAAAGAUCUUAUUGCACAUCGAGUCUACGCAGUGGUAGUAUCUCAUCCGUUGACAGGAGAUCUUUCUCCGGCCGCUGUUUCUUACACCAGUGGCUUCUACCACAUCCCAGUUAUUGGUAUAUCGUCAAGAGAUUCUGCUUUCUCUGAUAAGAACAUACACGUGUCAUUUUUGCGUACAGUCCCACCGUAUUCUCACCAGGCGGAUGUGUGGGUGGAUGUACUAAAACACUUUAAUUACAUGAAGGUUAUCGUCAUACAUAGUUCUGAUACCGACGGUCGAGCUAUACUGGGAAGAUUCCAAACAACAUCUCAAAGUAUUGAUGAGGACGUAGAUCGUAAAGUUGUUGUAGAACAGGUCAUAGAGUUCGAGCCAGGUCUAGAUUCAUUUAGUGACAAACUUAUUGAAGUUAAAAGUGCACAGGCACGAGUUUUUCUUAUGUAUGCCAGUAAGACAGAUGCAGAGAUAAUAUUCCGUGAUGCGACGUAUCUUAACAUGACAACCACGGGAUACGUGUGGAUAGUGACAGAGCAGGCCCUGGAUGCGGCCAACGCUCCCGAGGGACUACUGGGCUUGAGGCUUGUGAAUGCCACAAAUGAACAUGCUCACAUACAAGAUUCUAUCUACGUAUUAGCAUCAGCGAUACGGGACAUGAAUACUUCAGAGGAAAUAAACGCUCCUCCAUCAGAUUGUGAUAAUUCCGGGUCCAUCUGGACCACUGGGAGACUGCUGUUUGAUUAUAUCCGUAAACAACGGUUAGAGAACGGUGCAACUGGCCACGUGGCGUUCGAUGAUCACGGAGACAGGGUCCACGCUGAAUAUGACAUGGUGAAUGUACGAGCUCAGGGCGAACACGUGGCUGUUGGCAAAUACUUCUAUUCGAAGGAUACACAAAAGAUGCGGUUGGAGCUUAAAGAACAUGAAAUAAUUUGGAUGGGUCGAAGUUCCACAAAACCGGAAGGAUUUAUGAUACCGACCCAUUUAAAGGUUCUAACGAUUGAAGAAAAACCUUUUGUUUACGCUCGCCGAGUUGACGAUGAAACGGAAUGUUUUACCGAAGAAAUAUUUUGUCCUCACUAUAAUACAAAUCAACUUUAUUGCUGUAAGGGCUUCUGUAUGGACCUUCUCCGAUAUUUAUCUAAAGCCAUCAAUUUUACUUACUCCCUUGCUCUUUCGCCGGACGGACAGUUCGGAAACUAUAUCAUACGUAACUUUUCGCAACCGGGAGCUAAGAAAGAAUGGACUGGGCUUAUUGGUGAAUUGGUUUACGAGCGGGCGGACAUGAUAGUAGCGCCAUUAACUAUAAACCCUGAACGAGCUGAAUUUAUAGAGUUCAGCAAACCAUUCAAAUAUCAAGGCAUAACAAUAUUGGAAAAAAAGCCUUCAAGAUCAUCGACGUUGGUGUCGUUUUUGCAACCAUUUUCAAACACGUUAUGGAUUUUGGUGAUGGUGUCAGUACACGUGGUGGCAUUAGUACUGUAUCUGUUAGAUAGAUUCUCACCGUUCGGAAGAUUUAAACUAGCUCAUAUAGACGGCACAGAGGAAGAUGCUUUGAACCUGUCAAGCGCAAUAUGGUUUGCUUGGGGCGUGUUAUUGAAUAGUGGAAUUGGAGAAGGAACACCACGUAGUUUCUCAGCCCGAGUUCUUGGUAUGGUAUGGGCCGGGUUUGCUAUGAUAAUCGUCGCAUCAUACACAGCCAACUUGGCCGCUUUUCUCGUAUUAGAAAGACCUAAGACUAAAUUGACUGGAAUUAAUGACGCCAGGUUACGUAAUACCAUGGAGAAUUUAACUUGUGCUACAGUCAAAGGAUCAGCUGUGGAUAUGUACUUCCGGAGACAAGUUGAAUUAUCGAACAUGUAUAGGACCAUGGAGGCAAAUAACUACGACAACGCUGAACAGGCCAUACAAGAUGUAAAAAACGGGAAGCUUAUGGCAUUCAUCUGGGAUUCGUCAAGACUGGAAUUCGAAGCUGCCCAAGACUGUGAGCUGGUGACUGCUGGAGAGCUCUUUGGGAGGUCUGGUUAUGGAGUGGGCUUACAGAAGGGUUCACCGUGGGCUGAUCUUGUCACAUUAGCCAUUUUGGAUUUUCACGAAAGUGGCAUCAUGGAAUCUCUCGAUAAUCAAUGGAUACUUCGAAAUAACAUGCUGAACUGUGAGGAGAACGAAAAAACACCGAACACACUGGGUUUAAAAAACAUGGCCGGGGUUUUCAUACUGGUUUUGGCGGGCAUCGUCGGCGGUAUAGUUCUCAUCGUUAUAGAAGUUGUGUACAAACGGCACCAGAUCAAAAAACAGAAGAGGAUGGAGAUAGCUCGUCACGCCGCGGACAGGUGGCGCGGCGCCGUUGAGAAGCGUAAGACGCUGAGAGCCGCCAUAUUGCCGUCGCAGCGACGCGCGAAAUCGAACGGUGUGAAAGAGACGGGGAGUAUUAGCCUCGCUGUUGAUAGAGGAGUGCGGCGGCGGGACGAGCCGAGGAUACCGCGUUAUAUGCCAGCCUAUACACCUGAUGUAUCUCAUCUUGUGGUUUAA